AAUCUGAAUCGCAUUUAUGAUGUAAAUGUGCCGCUGGUACUAAUGAAUUCUUUCAACACCGAUGAAGAUACGAAGAAAUUGCUUAGGAAAUAUAAGAACGUACGCGUCGAUGUGCACACAUUCUGUCAAUCCAAAUAUCCACGAAUAUCCAAGGAAUCACUCAUGCCCAUCGUCAAAAGUGUCACAGAGGGUGAUCUUGAAGGGUACUGUGCUGUUCUGUCUGUCCGAUUAUACUGUGUUCACUAUAGAAGCGAUUUCAUAGUAACGACUUAA